AUGUGCGGUCGGAGCCUAAAAGAAGGUGUUAUGUUCGUGGGAAUGUCUUCUUUGUUAAUAUCUUUAGUACUAUUAUUUUCCUCUGCGGGAUUUCUGCUGAGUAUCACACGAUCUGAUAGCUUGUACAACACACAACCCAUGGUGGCAGUCAACUUGAUUUUCACUCUAGUGACGACCUGUCUCUCCCUAUACCAGAUUGUAAUAUCAGUACUGCUCGUUUGGCAAGCAAGACAGAUCAAAGGCAAUAUAUUUCUGUGCUCUCUGUGGUACGUGUCCCACUUAUCAUUGCUGACGAUAUACUGCUUGCUGUUCAGUUCCAAGAUCGUCGUAUACUGCCUCAAGAAGCAUUACUUUGCAGCCACACUCACUAUAGUUAUUGGCAUCAUUUACGAAGGAAAGAUCGCCAUAAAUGAUAAAAUUGAUUUCGAUGAAGAUAAACCGAUAAUAGAAUCUGAAAGUAUUUGCACGUUUAUUACAAAACAUGAAUGCUUACUCAACAAGGGUACUGUUCACAUGUCUGGAUUAUGUCCUCUGAAUUCUUUUCAUAAUUAUCACAGAGUUUGCUGUAUACUUCCUCUUUUUCCAUAUACCAAACAAUCACAUCAAAGCGAAAUCCUCAAUGGAAGCCGGUACAAACGAUCUAAUGACGAUGAAAUCAGUCCAGCACUCAAACAAAGAAACGCUUUGUUGCAACGAAAAAAUUUUCCUCAUGCGUUUAAAAAUAACCAAGAUAGUACAACAGAUCAAUCUAAAAAUCAAAAAAUCGUAACCCCUAGCGAUUACGUGGAUCCGUAUUGGAAUGUGAAAAACUUUAAAUUUCGUCAACAAAAUAAUUUUAAUGAGGACAAAGAUAAAGAAAAAACAAAAUUUGACUCAAGUAGUAAAGAUUAUUCAGACGAUUAUACAGCAGAGGUACCUAAACCUGGACUUUUAGGUGCUUAUACAGAUCGUGAUGAACGUCUUACUACUUGGAAAAUGAGAAAUAAAGCCUACUCAUACGAUGGCUAUGACGAAAUAAGUGAAGAAGAUAGCGGAGAAAGUGACAUGCCGUUCGGGUACUCAUCGUUUGAUCCAAGACAAGGUAAUCGCAAGAAAAAUUCCAGAAGCAAAAAACGUAAACCUCAAAGGCUAAUGGUAACAUCGACAGAAGAGAACAAAGGAUCAGAGAGCCAAACUAUAAAUUUUCAUUCGAGGCCGGAUUUUCAUGUACUACAUGGUUUUAAACUUGUUAAUUUAUCAGGGAAUAAAAAUAGAUUUGUUAGAACUACCACAGAAACUUUAUGUGACAGUCAGGAUACUUCCAACGAAAAUACAUUUCCAGAGGUCGAAAAUCCGGAUGAUAUUUACGACGACACGAUUGAUUUAGAUCAGCAAGUUUAUAAAGAUUGCGGAAAUAGUGUUACCAACACUCUCAAUAGCAAUUUCAAAAAAACACAUGACGAAACCAACCCUUGGCUUUCGCUUGUCGUGUUAACAAAAAGUCCACAGACUAUAUUAUGUUAUGCCACAAUAGUACAUCCUCGUGCAGUCAUUACAGCUGCCGAAUGUGUUCAAGGUAAAAUCGCUGGGGACGUAACUGUUCUAACUGGUAUGUGGAAACUGAAGAAUGAUAAACCAAUACCACAACACCGCAUGGCCUCGGUUUACAUUCAUUCCGACUAUAAACCUGGAGAACUUGCGAAUGAUCUUUCUCUUUUGUAUUGGAAGCGGCCAUUACAACUGGCAGCGAACAUUCAGCCCGCAUGCCUCGCUGAUCCUCAUGUUGGAGACGAUUGUUAUUUCGUUGGGUGGGGUGGUUACGAUCAAGGUUUAAGUCAUCAUCCUGACUCUCAACAAGCUACUAUACUCACGCCUCGUAUCUGCGACGAGAAAUUAUCAUCACCAGAACUGAUUCUACCUCCAGGCGCGUUUUGUGCUUCAGUUGAAUCACGUGGCACUGUAACAGGUAUUGGAGGUGCUCUUCUAUGUAAGGGCGCUGGUGGACGAACGUCCAUUGUAGGAGUGGCGGUAUAUCGAGACAAUAUUGUUGUCUUACUACCGACAUUUGAAUGGGUCGUCGCGGCGUUGCGACACCACCAAAUAAUUUAA